AUUCAAAUUCCCCUCCUAAUAGUCCGCCUUAAAUACUGCUCGUCCUCAUCGUCGACAACCGCCUUCCUCGCCGUGCGACUCGUCCAUGUCGACACCUCGCGUCGUCAAGUUGACUGUGAUCACCGACUUUGUGUGUGUUAGCUGCUGUAUAGGUCAACAUGAACUCCUCGAAGCUAUCUCCUACUGCAAAGAUACCCUAGAUCUCCCCUUGCAAUUCGAGAUCGAACAUAUGCCAUUCAGGCUCAUUAGCAACAACGUCCUUCCGACCUCAUGUCCGAACAAGUACAAGAAGGAGGAAUUCCUCGAAAAGUUCAUCGGAAAGGAGCGUUUCACUGCGAUGGAACACAACAUCAACCGUUGGGCUGAAGAGAAGGGGAUCCCUGUCUCCCUAAGGGGCGUCAUGAGCCAAUCGACACUCGCCCACCGACUUGCGCUCAAGGCCCGGAAACUUGGUGGUCAGAAAUUACAGACCCCCCUAGUGUCUGCUAUCUUCAAGGCCACGAUGGAGGAGGGCAGGGACAUCUCGGACAUCAACGUCCUUGCGGAACUGGCAGAGGACGGUGGAGUUAUGAGCAAGAGUGACGCUAUUGCAUUCCUCAAAUCCGACGAACUGGAGAAGGAGGUCGACGACCUUUGCAACGCCGCCCGGGCGAAGGGAGUCACUGGUGUGCCAAUCACUGUUAUUGAUGAAAAGUGGGCUGUGAGUGGGGGACAGUCAUCAGACGUAUAUGUCCAGAUUUUCAAGAAGCUCGCUGCUUGCGGCGUUCACGCAGCUCCCUCCCCUUUCCCCAGCUCCCUGGUAUCGACAUGUCAGCCAGGCGGUGGUUGCGGCCAAUCAUGAACCGUCUUUCUGCUGCCACCUCUCGCAGCCACAUUAUCUUCGUUUGUUUUCUUUCGCCAUAAUGCCCCUAUUUUUG